AUGACAACUGAAGAGACAAAAGAGCUGCUUCCCCAUAAGACUAAUGAAGCACCCAAUGAUUGUGUAUGCAAAACAGAACUGCAGAGCCACAAUUCCCUUAUAGUCUCACAAGCAGUAAAUAGAGGCAUAUUUACUUCAAAUGCUUCACCUGCUACCAAGAGAAUCUGCUCUUUAUUGGGUGAAGAGGAUGAACCCAAAGCCCCUCUUCUCUUCACUGAACUAGAUGAGCUUUUUCUUGUCAAUGAGAAAGAAUUGCAAUGGAAAGAAACAGCAAGGUGGAUAAAGUUUGAGGAAAAAAUAGAAGAAGGAGGUGAAAGGUGGAGCAAACCCCAUGUUAGCACACUGCCCUUACACAGUUUGUUUGAGCUACGUACCUGUAUCGAAAGGGGAACUCUUCUGUUUGAUUUAGAAGCAAACAAUUUUAAAGAGAUUUUAGAGAUAAUAGUCAACAAUGAAAUUACAAAUGGCAAUCUUAAAAACGUGCUCAAGGAAAAGGUCAUGUACGUCCUUCUUAGGAAUCACAGACACCACAUAAGAAAGUCCAGAAUGCAGAACAUGGUUGAUCUAUGGAGGAAUGUUUCCUGUGCAAAUAAAUCUGACCCUUUGAAUUAUAACACAACUGCAGACUUCACCAAUGAAAUCUCAGAAAAACCUCUCCAGGAACAGCUGAAAAAUAAAUUCAAGAAGCAGAUCCCAGAGGGUGCUGAAGCCACAAAUGUGCUUGUAGGUGAAGUAGAUUUUUUGGAUAAGCCAUUUGUUGCUUUUGUACGAUUAAAGGAGGCUAUGAUCCUAGGGGCUCUUACAGAGAUUCCGCUGCCAACCAGGUUUCUGUUCAUUCUUCUUGGGCCAAAAGCUAAGGCAAUGGCUUAUCAUCAAAUUGGGAGAGCUGUUGCAACUCUGCUUACUGAUGAGUUAUUCCAUAUUGUGGCAUUCAAAGCAAAAUUGAGAGAAGACCUACUAGCCGGAAUUGAUGAGUUCCUUGAUGAGGUAACUGUGCUACCUCCAGGGAAGUGGGAUCCCACUUUACGGAUAGCACCACCAAAGAUUCUUCCAUCGCCGCACAAGCGAAAAUCUGUCUAUUCCUCUAGCCAGUCAGUAUUGCACGAUACUGCCACACAACACGAUGGAGGGUAUGGGAGUAGUCCACAUGUUGCUGAAGAUUUGAAAAGAACAGGAAAGUUAUUUGGGGGAUUGAUCAAUGAUAUCAAAAGAAAAGCACCUUGGUUUGCCAGUGACUUUUAUGAUGCUCUGAACCUCCAGUGCCUUUCAGCUGUCCUGUUCAUCUAUUUGGCCAGUGUAACAAAUGCAAUUACAUUUGGGGGAAUCUUGGGUGAUGCAACUGACAACAUGCAGGGAGUCAUAGAGAGCUUCCUUGGAACAGCUAUUGCUGGAGCAGUUUUUUGUCUCUUUGCUGGCCAACCGUUAACUGUUCUUGGUAGCACGGGUCCUGUGUUGGUAUUUGAGCGACUCCUCUUCAACAUUAGCAGUGACUAUCAGCUUGACUAUUUGGAAUUUCGACUUUGGAUUGGAAUAUGGACAGCAUUCUUUUGUCUCAUUCUGGUUGCCACAGAAGCUAGUUACCUAAUCCAGUAUUUUACACGUUUCACUGAGGAAGGUUUCUGCACGCUUAUCAGCUUCAUCUUUAUCCAUGAUGCCUUUCAAAAAAUGUUUAAUCUGACCGAGAAUUAUCCAAUCAAUUCUGAUUAUAACAUCGACCAUGUUACUCUCUAUGAUUGCGCCUGUUUUCCCCCUGAAGCAGAUAAUGUUACAAGUCUGUUUAAUGAAACAACUGAACCUCCUUUUAAACUCGGCACUGCCACCUAUAAUACAACUUUAGAACCCAUGUUGAAGACUAGAAAGUUAAAACAGCUAGACAGGCAACAGAGAUGGCUGACAAUUAUGAACUGGUCCAUAGAUCUAAACCCUUAUUCCAUUAACCCCAUAAAUGUGAAAAGGAACGAAGAUGAGAAGGUGAAAGGAAGUUGCUUUGUAAAUGUAAUUGUUACGGUGGGAAUUAUUCCUAAAUCACCAAUUGAAGGGGUGGAUUUUAUGCUGGGUAAUGAUUUGGCUAGUGGAGACAAUAAUGUGGCAAUGACUGUAUUGCAGCAGGUGGUUGAUCAUGUUGAUCUUAAGUCCAAUAUGGAAUCUGUCAGCUGGUCUUCACUUACAAAGAGAGACUGUUUGAAGUUUGGAGGACAGCUUGUGGGCAAAACCUGUGAUUAUAUUCCAGACAUCGCACUCAUUUCCUUUAUUCUUUUCUUUGGUACAUUUGUUUGUUCUAUGUCGCUAAAGAACUUUAAAACAAGCAGAUACUUCCCAGCUGCAGUCAGGAAACUAAUCAGUGAUUUUUCCAUCAUCUUGUCAAUACUGAUCUUCUGUGGAGUUGAUAUCCUAGUUGGUGUGGAUACCCCAAAACUUAUUGUGCCAAGUGAGCUUAAGCCAACAAACCCACACAGAGAGUGGUUUGUAUAUCCAUUUGGAGGAAAUGAAUGGUGGAUGUGCCUCAUUGCAAUUGUGCCAGCUUUACUGGUCACUAUACUUGUCUUUAUGGACCAGCAGAUUACUGCACUCAUCCUGAACCGCAAGGAACAUAAACUCAAGAAAGGUGCUGGCUUUCACCUAGACCUGUUCUGGAUAGCUAUCCUUAUGAUCCUUACUUCAUUCAUGGGUCUGCCCUGGUACGUGUCUGCAACUGUAAUAUCCCUUGCACACAUAGACAGCUUGAAAAUGGAGACGGCAAAAUCUGCCCCAGGGGUAGAGCCCACAUUUAUGGGAGUGAGGGAACAGCGAGUGACUGGGCUGCUUGUUUUCAUCCUCAUUGGUUUAUCAUUGUGUUUGGCACCAAUUCUUAAGUACAUCCCUUUGCCAGUGCUAUUUGGAAUCUUUCUGUAUAUGGGCAUAUCCGCUCUCAGCAGCGUUCAGUUUAUGGACAGAUUGAAGUUACUAUUGACUCCUGCUAAGCACCAGCCUGACUUAAUAUACUUGCGUCAUGUUCCGUUGCGCCGUAUCCACCUUUUCACAUUACUUCAGGUCUUGUGUCUGGUUCUGCUGUGGGUUUUGAAAUCUACAGCUGCUGCAAUCAUCUUUCCAGUUAUGCUCCUGGCUUUAGUGGGGAUACGGAAGGCAAUGGAAUGCGUCUUCUCCAGACAUGACCUAAACUGGCUUGAUGAUGCGAUGCCUGAGAAAGAGAACAAAUUACUGGAAGAAAAGAAGACAGAGAAAGUGAUUUCAAGCAAUGAGAGUGAAGAUUCUGAAUACCUGUACCUACAAAAAGGUCCUGAUAUAAAUAUCUCUGUGAAUUGA